UGUAAAUGCGUGAUUGUGAGCGUGUCAUGGCUGGAAAGAUGGCGGCCUGUGCGUUACGCCGAGGCUUGAUGAGCACUGUCAGUAAAUACAACAAGAAACACGCACACAGAAUACUGAGUGUCGUUAACAAAAGCAGCGGGUUUGAUGUGUUCAGACCGCGGGUACAAUGCCGAGCCUGCGGACUGCCUGGCGGUGUUCAGCAGAGGAGGUUCAUGUCGUCACGGCCUGAAGGGAAGAUUUUGGAGACAGUAGGAAUGUUUGAGGCUGUGAAGCAGCACGGGAAAUAUGAAACGGGACAGCUGUUUCUCCACAGUGUGUUUGGCUACAGAGGCAUCGUCUUGUUUCCCUGGCACGCCCGACUCUAUGACAGAGACAUCACCCCUCCCAUGCCUGAAAGCAAACCUGAGCCUCCGGGAGCCCACGGCUCAAAGGAAGUGAAGGGGAAGACUCACACGUACUACCAAGUCCUGAUUGACACUCGGGACUGUCCUCACAUAUCUCAGAGGUCCCAGACAGAGGCAGUGACGUUUCUGGCCAACCAUGAUGACAGCAGAGCCCUGUACGCUAUCCCAGGUCUGGACUAUGUGAGCCAUGAAGACAUCUUGCCCUAUAACUCUGCCGAGCAGAUCCCCAUCCAGCACGAGCUGUUUGAGCGCUUCCUCAUGUACAACCCUGCCAAAUCUCCUCCGUUCACACCCAGAGACACCCUGAAGGCGUGGCAGGAUAAGAACCACCCCUGGCUGGAGCUCUCAGACGUCCACAGGGAGACCACCGAGAACAUCCGAGUCACCGUCAUCCCCUUCUACAUGGGCAUGAGGGAGGCCCAGAACUCCCAUGUUUACUGGUGGCGGUACUGCAUCCGUCUGGAGAACAUGGGCAACGAGGUGGUUCAGCUUAGAGAGAGGCACUGGAGGAUCUUUAGCCUCUCAGGUACCCUGGAGACCGUCCGGGGACGAGGAGUUGUAGGCAGGGAGCCGGUGUUGUCUAAAGAACAACCAGCCUUUCAGUACAGCAGCCACGUGUCUCUACAAGCCCCCAGUGGUCAUAUGUGGGGGACGUUUCGUAUUGAAAGGACUGAUGGCUCCCAUUUCGAUGUACGCAUUCCUCCUUUCUCCCUGGAGAGCAACAAAGACGACAAAGCGCCCCCCGCUGGCUACACAUUCUAACUGCGAGUAGUCACCUCCCACCUGAGGCCGUGACACGCCGUCAGACCUGUGGUCAAGAAUGGUCCUUCCCUCUGUAACAUCGCCUCAGCCUUCAGCAUAAGACGAGGGAGAGUCGGGUUAUGUGAAGGACGAAUUAAGCAUUUUCUACAUCAUCCAAACGCAGGCCCGCCUUGGCCUUUUCUGUGAGAGUCAAAACAGCAAUGUGUCAUUGAUUAAAUCAUAUAGAGAAAUCUUCACUACAUGUUGUGUGAACAGACACGCACAGUCAAGUGGAGGAGCGUUGAGAGGUGGGGAGGGGGAGUCGAUGUUCCCUUAUGUUGCACAUGUUGUGCAUCCAACAGCUGAAAUUCUGAGCAGGUUGUUUUUAUUUCCUGCUGCGCUCUGGGUUCAUGAAAAGAGCCACAGCUCCAGCUGAGCUUCAUACCGAGGCCUCAGUUGGUAAGUAAGCCAUCACUUAAACUAUAUGUUACAAACUCCUCUUUGAAAUUAUUGUUUGAAUUUAUGAAAACACGACUCACGACUUUUAUCCCAGACCUUGUUUUACUGUCAUGUUUUUAAUUAUGCCCCAUCACAGUUUAGUUAUGUCAGACCUCUGGGCCGCUUAUGAGAGGGAAAUGAGAUGGAUUGUGAGCUGCUUAUAGUGCUGAAGUUAGUGUUUUACAACAUUAUAACGCAGUGGGUGGAAUAAGGUUUGACACUCAUCAAAAGAAAAGACUUUAAUGUCCAAAUGAAAUGAAACCUCUACAAAUAAUCUUGAUUUAAAAUCAAACGAGAUCUUUUUAUAUUCAACCUCAUGUCAUUUACUAGAUGCAUCUUCGGCGGUCUCCCUCAGUAGGUGCCCUCUCAUUAGUCCUAUUCUCUUGAUCAAUGCUUCCAAAACUGGUAAUUCUAUCCGCAUGUGAUUCAAUGGUGUGAAAGAUCAAACUAAAAGUCAUUAGGGGGCUGAAUACUUUUGAGUAGUGAACUGUAUGUGUUGACAGACAAAUAAGAAUCCCUUCUUUGCUGGAGGGAAAGGAGGAGAGUCAGGUCUUAGUAGGCUUUGAAUAACAAAUGCAGCACACCAUAAAGUAAUUAAACCGUGUGUGUGUGUGUGUGUGUGUGUGUGUGUGUGUGUGUGUGCGCGCGCGCGUGUGCACGUUAUUUAUUCUCUGCUCUCUGUAAAAACCAGAAUGAAGUCUUCAUCCUGUACACACAUGCUGGGUGUUGUUCGUUAAGGCUGACUGUUUGACUUCACGAGAUCAGUGACCAGAAACGUUCUGAGCCUAGCAUUUCUCUCUAAAGAGAGGAAAGAAAUCUUUUGUUUUUCUAAGUGACUUGAAACAACUAUGAUGGUUGAAAUACUGUAAAUAGAGAUGUAAUUAAAGGCAAAGCAAAUAAAUGAUACCUUUUUGAAAAGUA